AUGAGAUACUCUUGGCCUGAUGAGAAUACACGAAAAGAAAUGCAAGUCAAGGAAACAUUCCAUCAUUCAGCCAACGCCGUUACCUAUAUGCAUGACAAGAUUGGAUUGCAUCGAAUAGCCAAUUUGACAGAUAAGCCUGCCAUAUCUCUUCACCUUUAUACCCCAGCUUUUGACACUUGUGCAACUUUUGAAGAGGGAACUGGUAAAAAACGACAAUGUGGGAAGUGCACGUUUUAUACCAUCAAUGGAGAGAAAGUGGAACGCACUUAUAGUACGACCAGCAGUAACGAUGAAGCUGGAAUCAUCUCUACUGUUACUGAUAUUACAACUCUAUGA